AUGCUGCUACAGGCGGGGGGGAGAGAAGCUGCUACAGGCAGGGGGAGAGAAGCUGCUACAGGCGGGGGGAGAGACGCUGCUACAGGCCGGGGGAGAGAAGCUGCUACAGGCGGGGGAGAGAAGCUGCUACAGGCGGGGGGGAGAGAAGCUGCUACAGGCAGGGGGAGAGAAGCUGCUACAGGCGGGGGGAGAGAAGCUGCUACAGACGGGGGGAGAGACGCUGCUACAGGUGGGGGGAGAGACGCUGCUACAGGCCGGGGGAGAGACGCUGCUACAGGCCGGGGGAGAGAAGCUGCUACAGGCGGGGGGAGAGACGCUGCUACAGGCCGGGGGAGAGAAGCUGCUACAGGCGGGGGGAGAGAAGCUGCUACAGACGGGGGGAGAGACGCUGCUACAGGCGGGGGGAGAGACGCUGCUACAGACGGGGGGAGAGACGCUGCUACAGACGGGGGGAGAGACGCUGCUACAGGCGGGGGGAGAGACGCUGCUACAGGCGGGGGAGAGGCGCUGCUACAGGCGGGGGGAGAGACGCUGCUACAGGCGGGGGGAGAGAUGCUGCUUCAGGCGGGGGGAGAGACGCUGCUACAGGCGGGGGGAGAGACGCUGCUACAGGCGGGGGGAGAGACGCUGCUACAGGCGGGGGGAGAGACGCUGCUACAGGCGGGGGGAGAGACGCUGCUACAGGCGGGGGGAGAGAAGCUGCUACAGGCGGGGGGAGAGAAGCUGCUACAGGCGGGGAGAAAGACGCUGCUACAGGUGGGGGGAGAGAAGCUGCUACAGGCGGGGGGAGAGAUGCUGCUUCAGGCGGGGGGAGAGACGCUGCUACAGGCGGGGGGAGAGACGCUGCUACAGGCGGGGGGAGAGACGCUGCUACAGGCGGGGGGAGAGAAGCUGCUACAGGCGGGGGGAGAGACGCUGCUACAGGCGGGGGGAGAGAAGCUGCUACAGGCGGGGGGAGAGAAGCUGCUACAGGCGGGGGGAGAGAAGCUGCUACAGACGGGGGGAGAGAAGCUGCUACAGGCGGGGGGAGAGAAGCUGCUACAGGCGGGGGGAAAGAAGCUGCUACAGACGGGGGGAGAGAAGCUGCUACAGGCCGGGGGAGAGACGCUGCUACAGGCCGGGGGAGAGACGCUGCUACAGGCGGGGGGAGAGACGCUGCUACAGGCCGGGGGAGAGAUGCUGCUACAGGCGGGGGGAGAGACGCUGCUACAGGCGGGGGGAGAGACGCUGCUACAGGCGGGGGGAGAGAUGCUGCUACAGGCGGGGGGAGAGAAGCUGCUACAGGCAGGGGGAGAGAAGCUGUUACAGGCGGGGGGAGAGAAGCUGUUACAGGCAGGGGGAGAGACGCUGCUACAGGCGGGGGGAGAGACGCUGCUACAGGCGGGGGGAGAGAAGCUGUUACAGGCGGGGGGAGAGAAGCUGUUACAGGCAGGGGGAGAGACGCUGCUACAGGCGAGGGGAGAGAAGCUGUUACAGGCGGGGGGAGAGACGCUGCUACAGGCGGGGGGAGAGACGCUGCUACAGGUGGGGGGAGAGAAGCUGCUACAGGCGGGGGGAGAGAAGCUGCUACAGGCCAGUCAGAAACUCAAUUCUCAGAGUCCUCUUUGGAAGGUCUUGAUCUGUUUAUAA